AUGACCAAACACCGCUAUUCCAGCCUGCACUCGUCGGUUUCGAAUCUCCGAAUCUCCGAGUCUUCCCCGCAGCAGCAGCAACAACAACAACAACAACAGCAGAACCCCGAGUCAUCGGCGUUCUCAGCAGAAGCCUAUGCGCAGCCAUUCCUCGAGUUUAUCAGCGGCAACCCGACUAUAUUCCAUGCCGUUGACCACUUUAGCAAACAGCUCGAGUCUCAGGGGUACAAGAGGCUCUCCGAACGCGACUCGUGGAAGUCGCAGCUGAAACGUGGAGGGAAGUAUUAUCUCACCCGCAAUGGUAGCUCUUUGGUCGCCUUUGCGGUGGGUAAUGAAUACAAGGCCGGCAAUGGCGUUGGUGUUGUUGCGGGACACAUCGAUGCCUUGACCACCAGGCUGAAGCCCGUGUCCAAGCUCCCGAACAAGGUCGGCUUUAGGCAGCUGGCAGUCGCCCCGUAUGCGGGUGCCUUGAACAAGACCUGGUGGGACCGAGACUUGGCCAUUGGAGGUCGCGUUCUGGUCAAGGAUCCUUCUACCGGCGUUGUGGAAACUAAGCUUGUCAAGCUCGAUUGGCCCAUUGCCCGCGUCCCCACGCUGGCUCCUCAUUUCGGGGCUGCGUCGACAGCUGCCAACCAGGAGACCAACAUGGUCCCUAUUAUUGGAACUGACAAUUCCGAUAUUUUCUCUGAGAAUGCUUCCAAUGCCGACGAGGAAACCGCGAUCAAGACCAACACGUUUGCUGCUACCCAGCCCUCGAAACUGGUCAAGGUCAUUGCGGGAGAAAUCGGUGUCACCGAUUAUAGCAACAUUAUCAACUGGGAACUGGAGCUCUACGAUAGCCAGCCUGCGCAAUUCGGUGGAUUGGAGAAAGAUCUUAUCUUUGCUGGUCGCAUAGACGACAGACUGUGCUGUUAUGCAGCCCAAGAGGCCCUUCUGGCCUCCCCCGAUACAGCCUCGCCCGGGCUUGUUAAACUUGUCGGCAUGUUUGACGAUGAAGAAAUUGGGUCCCUGCAGCGUCAGGGUGCCAAAUCGACAUAUAUGAGCAGCGUCAUUGAGCGCAUAGCUGAAGCCUUUGCCGAAGGCUCAUACGGACCUAACCUGUACAACCAAACCGUUGCCAACAGUUUCAUGGUCUCUUCCGACGUGUGCCAUGCGGUAAACCCGAACUACCUCAACGCAUACUUGGAAAACCACAUGCCUCGACUCAACGUCGGUAUUGCUGUCGCUGCUGAUCCCAACGGACACAUGGCCACCGAUGCCGUGAGCCACGCGAUUCUGCAACAAGUCGCCGACCGGGCUGGCUCAAAGCUUCAGAUAUUUCAGAUUAGAAAUGACUCACGCUCUGGUGGCACUAUCGGCCCCAUGAGCAGUGCUCAGAUUGGACUGCGAACUAUCGAUGCUGGCAUCCCGCAAUUGAGCAUGCACAGCAUCAGGGCGACGACUGGCCGUUUGGAUCCAGGAUUGGGUGUCAAGCUGUUCAAGGGAUUCUUUGACCAUUUCGAGGAGGUGGACAAGAGUUUUGGAAGCUUUUGA